AUGCAACGUCUUUCACCUUCAAAAUUUCGAGCUUCUAAUGGCAUAUUAAAAUCUUUGGCGACACCCCUCCUGGAAACACGGCAUUUAUCGAUACCACAAUGCAGAACAAGGGAUGAGCUUCGCCAAUCUUUCCGUGGAAUAAGCUCUGCAACAAAACCAGCAUAUGAAGGCCACAUACCUCUCAGUUGGUUUGAAAACGCGUUUCUGGCAGUGGGAUCAGCCUUCGUGUCGUUGGCAGAUCCGCGUAGAGGAGACAUGAUUGCUGCACUUGGAGAAACUACCGCCGGCCCCAGCCUUCCACGUUUGAGGGAUCGAAUGUUAGCGAGUCCUGAAGGCCGCAAAGUCCUGAAAGACAGACCACGCGUCAAUUCAUCUACGGUCGAUAUGAACAAACUAGCGCAAUAUCCAGAAGGGUCUUUUGGACGAGCCUAUGUGACUUGGCUAGAAAGAUGUGGGGUCACACCUGACACUCGCGCCCCGGUAAAAUACAUUGACGAUCCUGAACUUGCUUAUGUUAUGCAGAGAUAUCGUGAAUGUCACGAUUUCUAUCACUGCAUCUGCAACUUGCCUGUCAACGUCGAGUCGGAACUGGCCCUCAAAUACUUUGAAUUUGCCAAUCUGGGACUGCCAAUGACCGCUAUUUCUGCUUUGUUUGGGCCUCUACGGUUAACGGCACAGAAGAGGUCCAGACUGUUCUCUGAAUACGUACCAUGGGCCCUUAAAUGUGGAGGAAGUGCGCAGAGUCUCAUUACAGUCUAUUGGGAAAAGCGAUGGUCAGAAAACAUAGAAGACAUGAAGAAGGAGUUUGGUAUCUGGGACCCACCGGAAGCACGCUGGAGCAAGCCCUUGAGCGAGGCUAAGGCCGCUGCAGAGAAGAGGCAACAAGCUGCUGCCUCAGAAUCUGGGCCCUAA